CCGUCUCAGCUGAUGGGUCGGGACACACGCUCGCGCUCGCGGUCGGCUGGUCGCAGGGGCCGCAGGCAACGGAGCCGGAGCCGAAGUCGGAGCAGGAGCCAUGGGCGGCGAAACCGCCGGCGCCGGGACGACGAAGUACGGCGCAGGCGGAGGCGGCAGAGCCGGGAGCGCAGGUCAGCCUCGGAGGAACACCGGUGGCAGCGGCCGCGGCGGCAGAGCCAGAGCCCGCCGCCCCCGCGGUGGCGCUCCCGCGGCCGCUCCUCCCAGUCUGACUCCGAGGAGGAGUGGCAGGAGCAGCAGCGGGGCCGCCGCCGGCGGACGCGGUCUUGGUCCCCGGGCUCCUCGGCGUGCAGCUCGGCCUCCCCCGACCACUCGCAGAGCCCGCGGGCGGCGGCGGCGGCCCUGAGCCACCAGCACAGCCUGCAGGAGCGGCUGCGGCUGCGUGAGGAGCGGAAGCAGCAGGAGGAGCUGAUGAAGGCCUUCGAGACCCCCGAGGAGAAGCGGGCGCGGCGGCUGGCCAAGAAGGAGGCCAAGGAGCGGAAGAAGCGUGAGAAGAUGGGCUGGGGCGAGGAGUACAUGGGCUACACCAACACCGACAACCCCUUCGGCGACAACAACCUGCUGGGCACUUUCAUCUGGAACAAGGCCCUGGAAAAGAAGGGGAUCAGCCACCUGGAGGAGAAGGAGCUGAAGGAACGGAACAAGAGGAUCCAGGAAGACAAUCGCCUGGAGCUGCAGAAGGUGAAGCAGCUGCGGCUGGAGCGGGAGCGGGAGAAGGCCAUGCGCGAGCAGGAGCUGGAGAUGCUGCAGCGGGAGAAGGAGGCCGAACACUUCAAGACAUGGGAGGAGCAGGAAGACAACUUCCACCUGCAGCAGGCCAAGCUACGCUCCAAGAUCCGCAUCCGGGACGGGAGGGCCAAGCCCAUCGAUCUGCUGGCCAAAUACAUCAGCGCCGAGGACGACGACCUGGCCGUGGAGAUGCACGAGCCCUACACCUUCCUCAACGGGCUCACCGUGGCCGACAUGGAGGACCUGCUGGAGGACAUACAGGUGUACAUGGAGCUGGAGCAGGGCAAGAACGCUGACUUCUGGCGGGACAUGACCACCAUCACGGAGGAUGAGAUCGCCAAGCUCCGCAAGCUGGAGGCCUCGGGCAAGGGCCCAGGCGAGCGGCGAGAAGGGGUCAACGCCUCGGUCAGCUCCGACGUGCAGUCGGUCUUCAAGGGGAAGACGUACAGCCAGCUGCAGGUCAUCUUCCAGGGCAUCGAGGGCAAAAUCCGGGCCGGGGGCCCCAACCUGGACAUGGGCUACUGGGAGAGCCUGCUGCAGCAGCUCCGCGCCCACAUGGCACGCGCCAGGCUCCGCGAGCGGCACCAGGACGUGCUGCGGCAGAAGCUGUACAAGCUGAAGCAGGAGCAGGGCGUGGAGAGCGAGCCGCUGUUUCCCAUCCUCAAGCAGGAGCCCCCAUCCCCCGGCCACAGCCUGGAGCCUGAGGACCCCGCUCCGACCCCGCCCGGGCCCUCCUCCGAGGGGGGAUCGGGGGAGCCAGAGGCCGAGGUGGCAGCCCCGGCGGAGGGCGAGGCAGACGGGGAGGCCGUGCUCAUGGAGGAGGACCUGAUCCAGCAGAGCCUGGACGACUACGACGCGGGCAAGUACAGCCCCCGGCUGCUCUCGGCGCACGAGCUGCCGCUGGACGCGCACGUGCUGGAGCCGGACGAGGACCUGCAGCGCCUGCAGCUGUCCCGGCAGCAGCUGCAGGUCACAGGGGACGCGAGCGAGAGCGCCGAGGACAUCUUCUUCCGCCGGGCCAAGGAGGGCAUGGGCCAGGACGAGGCGCAGUUCAGCGUGGAGAUGCCGCUGGCGGGCAAGGCCUACCUGUGGGCCGACAAGUACCGGCCGCGCAAGCCGCGCUUCUUCAACCGCGUGCACACGGGCUUCGAGUGGAACAAGUACAACCAGACGCACUAUGACUUCGACAACCCGCCACCCAAGAUCGUGCAGGGCUACAAGUUCAACAUCUUCUACCCCGACCUCAUCGAUAAGCGCUCCACGCCCGAGUACUUCCUGGAGGCCCGCCCGGACAACAGGGACUUCGCCACGCUGCGCUUCCACGCCGGGCCGCCGUACGAGGACAUCGCCUUCAAGAUCGUCAACCGCGAGUGGGAGUACUCCCACCGCCACGGCUUCCGCUGCCAGUUCGCCAACGGCAUCUUCCAGCUCUGGUUCCACUUCAAGCGCUACCGCUACCGCCGGUGACGGCGGGGCGCCCUCACCCCGGACUGCCGCCCCCCCGCCCCGGGCCCCGGGCCCCGCCUGGCCGCGCUCACUCUGCUCACUCUGCCCCGGGGAACCCGCCUGGGAGAGUGCAGGACGGCCCGGGGGCACUGAGGCCCAAGCCCCGCCCCGCGGCGCCCCCCCCCUUGAGCUGGGGUGCCAGGCUUUGGGGGGGGCCGGGAAACUGAGUGCAGGGCAGCGGCAGGACCCCCCCCUCCAGCCCCACGCCCUCUCCCGGGCUGGCCUGUGGUCCGAGGACGUCUCAGAAGGGCUGACCCAGGGGAAACCCGCGCUCUGGUCCCCCAGCGGGUCCGGGAGCCCGGCCUCUGCGCGUGCAGCUGCGGUGCCCCCAUCUGGCCUGGGUGCCCCCCGCCCACGGUGGGACAGCUGUGCUCCUGGAGAUCGGCUCCCGGCCCCCACGGAGCUGCCCCCCGCGUCCCUGCGGCCCGACAGGUGCGGCGCCUCCGGGUGGCGGGCUGGGGGGGAUGGGGGCACCCCAGAAACGUUGCUUCCAGCGUUUUGUUACAAAGAGACGUUUCCUCGUAAGGGCCCCCCACCCCCACCCCACCCAGGCUCGUCGGCCGGCCCACCCAGGCGCCCUGCUCCAUCUGGAAAUAUUUUAGGUGGUUUCUCUAAAAUGACUUUUUUUAGGUGUGGGGAAAUAUCUUAUUUUCACUUAAUUCGUCCAUUCAUGGAGUUGCAUGUUUUUUUAAUAAACGCUUUAUUUUAGAAUA